AUGAAUUCAUCGGCAAGUUCAGUGACAACAUCAAUACCAUCGUUAUUAUUACAAAAAUCCGAAUUGCCUCCACUUGAAAAUUUAGAAAUGGAUUUGCUUGCGCCACUACCAAGUGAAUGUUUUCAAAUUAAGGCGAAUUCAAUGUUCCAUGAAAGAUACCAACCAACAAUGUUGAGUGAAAAUGCCUUAUUAAGCACAUACACAACAUCGAAAAAAGCGCACGAUAAAGUCUACUCAGGCUCCAAAUCUCGAGUUUCAUCAACCGUUCCAUCGUUAAGUGAAUUAUGCAAACGUAUUCUACAGAAAAAUGUUGAAAAACUCAAAUACACACGCGGUGCACCAUUUGAGGUUUUAAAGCCCGUACUCGAGCAAGUAUCACCCGAACAAUUGACUCAAAUCGAACAUUUGAACUCAAAUUUGAUGGAAAAAACCCAUGUACUUUGGCAACAACAUUGCCAACGAAAAUUCAAAGCGUACAAACGUCAGGAGAUGGAGACAUGGCGUGAAAUGUUCAAUCGAUGCCAAAGUGAACAGCAAGCAAGAUUAAAUCAGAUAACCAAAAAAAUUCUAAAGUCACAAACGGUUACCAUUCCUCGACAAAUAAAAUUGGCCAACGUCGACAGCAUGGCCAAACCACCACGAAACAUUAUAAAAAAACAAAAUCAAUUAGGAACGCAACGAAAAAUGACUGCAACACCAGCCGCACGAGUUGAUGCCCUUAGUUCACCUGCAGCGAAUUAUACCAGACCCACCGCCGAUACUCAACCGAAGACAACAUCAUCAAUGGGACAAGCGCCACAAGCAAGACCAUCCAACGGAUACAUAAAGCCAAAAAAAGCACCGCUUAUGGCCAAAACGUUACGAAUGCUGAAAUACAAGAUGAGACGAUAA